AUGGUUCCUAAAACCCAUUUCCAAGCUAUUCUUUUUCUUCUUUCAUCUUUAUACAUCACUUCCAGCAUCAGCAUUGAUAGGGUGGCCGAUUAUGACAAGUGGAUAUCAUGGAAUGUCAAGACUUAUCAGAAAAGGACCAUUUUGGAAACCAAAAGGAACGUGGCUGCAACUGGUGCUGUUGGGCAGGCUCUAGAUUUGAAGCUGAGGCAGGCUGAGAGUAACAAAGUUACAAUAACAGUUAGCCAAGACGGUGCUGGUGACUUUAAGACCAUUACAGAAGCUCUCAAUAGCAUUCCACCACGCAACACUAGGAGAGUCAUAGUGUUGAUUGCACCAGGUGUUUAUAGGGAGAAGGUAAUGAUCCCAAGAACAUUGCCUUUCAUUACAUUAUUAGGGGACGCCAGGGGGAUACCAACCAUAACGGGAAAUGAUACAGCUUCUGUCACUGGAAGAGAUGGGACUCCGUUAGGGACGUUCCAGAGUGCAACUGUUGCCGUGGAUGCUAGUUAUUUUAUUGCCAUCAACAUAAAAUUUGAGAAUACUGCACCGCAUAGCAUUGGAUUGGUGGGGGAACAAGCCGUGGCGUUUCGCAUCUCAGGAACGAAAGCUGCCUUUUACAAUUGCAGUUUCUAUGGGGCUCAAGACACUCUGUACGAUCACAAAGGCCUCCACUACUUCAACAAUUGCUUUAUUCAAGGCUCUGUUGAUUUCAUCUUCGGCUCUGGCAGGUCCCUUUACGAGAACUGCUAUGUAAAUUCUAUAACCAAGAAGGUGGCCUCCAUCACUGCUCAAAAGCGUACAAAUUCGACAUUGGAGAGUGGAUUUUCGUUCAAAAACGGCGUAGUAACAGGUAGUGGACAGGUUUAUCUCGGAAGAGCAUGGGGAGAAUAUUCCAGAGUUGUUUACUCUUACACCUACUUGGACACAAUAGUUCUACCCAAAGGAUGGAGUGAUUGGGGUGACCAAAAACGUGACUUGAGGGUAUAUUAUGGAGAAUACAAGUGUAGUGGGCCAGGGGCUAACUUGACGGGAAGAGUGCCCUGGGCAAGAAUGCUAACGGAUGAAGAGGCCAAGCCUUUUAUUGGGAUUCACUUCAUUGAAGGAGACACUUGGCUCAUUAGUCCCUUCGCCUAUCCAAUUUAA